UGCAAAAGUAUGAAGAAGCCAAAGACUUACAACGUCCUAUGGGUUCUGUUCUAACUCUGCAGCUCAUCAAUGGCUCAUCCGCAGCAACGCCUCCACCUCCAAAUGGUAAUUCGUCAACUACCUGUAACAGAGCCUGUGGAGGAAUCUCAAUUCCGUUCCCAUUCGGCAUUGGUAAAGAUUGUUAUCUCAACGGUUGGUACGAGGUUGUGUGCGACACCAAUAUCUCUUCCGGGUUGUCCACCACAAAUGUCCCGUUCCUCUCACGGAUCAACAGAGAAGUGGUGAACAUCUCUCUUCCAGAUGGUAACAAACCAUACGGAGUGGUUCACAUCAAAGGUCCACUGACGUCGUUGGGUUGCUCUGUUAGUAGUAGUCAAGGACUCAAAAAGUCAUCGCCGGAUUUGAACGUCACGGGUAAGGGCAGCCCAUAUUUCUUCACAGACAAUAACCGCCUCGUUGUUGUAGGUUGUGGUACAAAGGCGUUGAUGAAGGAUAUUGAAUCAGAGAUCUUGGGUUGUGAAUCGAGCUGCCAAGCUAGCGAGAAUAGUGAAGAGGUAACAAACUCCAUAUGUGACGGUUACAAAUGCUGCCAGGCGAGGAUACCAUUGGAGCGUCCUCAGGUUAUAGGUAUCAAUAUAGAAAACACUAAUAAUGGCACAAAAAGAGAAGGGUGUAGUGUUGCAUUCUUGACUAACAAGAGAUAUGCGCCAAUGAAUGUUACCGAGCCAGAGCAAUUCCAUUCUGGUGGCUACGCGGUAGUAGAGCUAGGUUGGUACUUUGAUACUUCGGAUUCUCGCUUUAGUAGCCCCUUAGGUUGUAGGAAUAUGACCCGUUACAGUUCUUACAGCUCCUUUGAUAAAUGUAGUUGCGAGUAUGAUUACUUUUAUGGGAUGAGUUAUAGGGUUUGCUAUUGCAACUAUGGCUACACAGGAAACCCUUACCUUCCACAUGGCUGUAUAGACGAAUGCAAAGGACACAACAAUUGUGGAGAAGGGACUUGUGUGAAUGGACCUGGAACCUAUAGCUGCGAGCCAAAGAUUACCAAGCCAGAAAAAGCCUCUGUGCUUCAAGGCGUUCUUAUAGGUCUAGGAGUGCUUUUAUUCGUCCUCGGAAUCUUGAGGCUGUACAAAUUCAUCAAGAAACGAAGGAAGGUCAACCGCAGCAAGAACUUUUUCAAAAGUAAUGGUGGCUUGCUGUUGAAGCAACAACUAACUACUUCAAACAACGAAAAUGUUGAGAUUUCAAAGAUAUUUAGCUCAAAAGAGUUGAGAAAAGCUACUGAUAACUUUAGCAUGAACAGAAUCCUUGGGCAAGGCGGUCAAGGAACUGUGUACAAAGGAAUGCUAGUAGAUGGGAGAAUCGUUGCGGUCAAAAGAUCGAAAGUUGUGUGUGAAGACAAGAUGGAAGAGUUCAUCAAUGAAGUCGUACUCCUCUCUCACAUUAACCAUAGGAACAUUGUGAAACUCUUAGGAUGUUGUCUGGACACUGAAGUUCCAAUCUUGGUUUACGAAUAUAUUCCCAAUGGAGAUCUGUUCAAGCGUCUUCAUGACAAAUCCGAAGCCAUUGAUUACACGAUGACUUGGGAAGUACGUCUUCGCAUAGCCAUAGAGAUCGCAGGAGCUCUUUCAUACAUGCACUCAGCUGCAUCUUUUCCAAUAUACCACAGAGAUAUCAAGACUACGAAUAUACUAUUAGAUGAGAAAUAUCGAGCUAAAGUAUCUGAUUUCGGAACUUCAAGAUCCAUAAACAUAGAUCAAACUCAUUUGACAACAUUAGUUGCAGGCACUUUUGGGUACAUGAAUCCGGAGUACUUUUUAUCAAGCCAAUAUACUGACAAGAGCGAUGUUUACAGUUUCGGGGUUGUCCUGGUGGAGCUCAUAACCGGAGAAAAACCGCUUUCCAGAAUCCGGUCUGAAGAAGGCAGAGGUUUGGCAACUGAUUUCCUCGAGGCAAUGAAAGAGAGCAGAGCUGUUGACAUCAUUGAUGAUCGAAUCAAAGACGAAAGCAAGCUGGACCAAGUGAUGGCAGUUGCAAAACUCGCUAGAAAGUGUCUUAGCCGGAAAGGGAGGAAGCGGCCAAACAUGAGAGAGGUUUCAUUUGAGCUGGAGAGGAUCCGUUCUGCAUCACCUAACGAUUUAGAGGUCCAUUAUGAAGAGGACCAAGCCAUGGAAAUUAACAAAGGAUGACUCUAAGGGUACAGGAUGGGAGUCUAGAUCUUUGGAUUCAAGAAGUUGAGUCAUAAGGGCGUAAAAAACACUUACAGUACUCCUGCAUAUUUUGUAGCAAGCAAUCCUAAUAAAUCAAAGAUACGCGCCAUAAUGAGACUCUUAUGUACCCCAUAACAAGAGAAAAAUCACCAUAGUGAGACUCUUAUAUACCCCACAACAAGAGAAAAAUUAACACAAUAGCUUCCACCACUAAAUAAUGUAGAGUUCAGCUAAAACCUUUUAUUAAACCUAAGAUGUACCUAGAUUUACAGCCUCACAAUUUUAGCCAAGUAGGUCUCAUGGUCAAUAUAUUUUUCAACAUUCUUCAG